AGUAUCUAGCUGUUAACUAACUCUGUGAGAAUACAUGUGGAAUGAGUAAAUAUUGACCGUGGCUCUGAUUGGUCCAUCAGAGACCGGCUCCUCCCCCAGAUGUGGAAUAUCCAUUGGAUGGCCGGAAGAUUCUGCAUAUCAAGGGAUCCAUCAGAGACUCUGUGGCCGAGAUGUUGUUCGAGCAGGAUAAUGAGGAGAAAUCCAUCGCCACGCUGCUGCUGGACACUUUGGUGAAGUGUCCCAUCGACACUCGUAAGGUUCUGUCGGAGAACCUGGUGAUAAUCGGCGGUACGUCCAUGCUGCCCGGGUUCCUGCACCGACUCCUGUCUGAGAUCCGCUCGCUGGUGGAGAAACCCAAGUACCGCGAUGCUCUGGCUACCAAGAGCUUCCGGAUCCACAGCCCACCCGCCAAACCCAACUGCACCGCCUGGUUAGGAGGUGCUAUAUUUGGAGCAUUGCAGGACAUUUUAGGGAGUCGUUCAGUGUCCAGAGAUUACUACAACCAGACGGGCCGCAUCCCAGACUGGUGUUGUCUCAGCACUCCUCUACCAGAUCAGUCUAUGAGGCGGGAAAGACGCCUCCGCCUCUUAUGAAGAGGGCCUUCUCCACCGAGAAAAUGAACUGGACACUUCAAAUUGGGGAAAAUCGUUUCAAAUGCACUAAAUGGUUAUCUAGCUUAAACCAUGGCAGUACUUAUGAUGUAGUUUAUGUCAAAAGGUUACUUUUUAUUAUUAUUUAAAUGUAUGCUUGAUCUUGCACCAUCAAAGACAGAUCACGGAAGGCAUCUUGACCAUAGUGCCAAGAAACGACGUAAUAUUUCAAUUCUGUUUAACAACAGCAAGCUUGAAGUGCUGAAUAUGUUGAAACGUUUUGUGUAUUUAUUAGGUUUGUGAAGAAAUAAACAUUCCAAAAUUGG